AUGCAGAUCUUCGUCAAGACCCUCACUGGCAAGACCAUCACCCUCGAGGUUGAGAGCUCUGACACCAUCGACAAUGUCAAGAGCAAGAUCCAGGACAAGGAAGGCAUCCCGCCCGACCAGCAGCGCUUGAUCUUCGCCGGCAAGCAGCUCGAGGAUGGUCGCACCCUGUCCGACUACAACAUCCAGAAGGAGAGCACUCUCCAUCUCGUCCUGCGCCUCCGUGGAGGUAUGCAGAUCUUCGUCAAGACUCUCACCGGCAAGACCAUCACUCUUGAGGUUGAGAGCUCCGACACCAUCGACAACGUCAAGUCCAAGAUCCAAGAUAAGGAAGGCAUCCCGCCCGACCAGCAGCGUCUUAUCUUCGCCGGCAAGCAACUCGAAGACGGCCGCACUCUCUCCGACUACAACAUCCAAAAGGAAUCCACUCUCCAUCUCGUGCUCCGUCUGCGCGGUGGUAUGCAAAUCUUUGUCAAGACUCUCACCGGCAAAACCAUCACACUCGAAGUCGAAUCAAGCGACACCAUCGACAACGUCAAGUCAAAGAUCCAAGACAAGGAGGGCAUUCCCCCGGACCAGCAGCGACUCAUCUUCGCCGGCAAGCAGCUUGAGGACGGCCGGACGCUGAGCGACUACAACAUCCAGAAGGAGUCCACCCUGCACUUGGUGCUUCGUCUGCGUGGCGGUCAGUAA